CACCAAUGAAGAGCACUAUACCUUGCUUUCUGCUAAAGUGAAGUGAAUGGAAUAAUUGUUUAUUUAAUUUUGUGAAUUUAGCCGACGUUUGUUUACAACAAUUUGCCAUUUUGUCUGCUAUUUAUUGAAUUAUAUGCGAUUUAUUUAAUAUCAGAAACUGAACAAUGGAUGCUGACCUCUAUGAUGAGUUUGGAAAUUACAUCGGACCCCAACUUGAUACUGACUCAGAAGAGGAGGAAGAAAGUUAUGAGAGACAAGAACCUGAUGCUAUUGACUAUAAUGAAGAUGAAGCAAUGGAAGAAGGCCAUGAUGAUGAUGAAAUCCCUCAGAUGCAAAUAGUUUUACAUGAAGAUAAAAAAUAUUAUCCAUCUGCGGCAGAAGUUUAUGGUCCUGAUGUAGAAACUAUAGUACAAGAAGAAGAUACUCAAGCUUUAACUGAGCCUAUCAUUGCACCUGUGAAAAGAAAAAAGUUUUCUUAUGUGGAGCAAGAUUUACCUAUCACAAAAUACAAUUUAGAAUUUCUGGCUGAUUUAAUGGAUAAUACUGAUCUUAUUCGCAAUGUUGCAGUAGUUGGUCAUCUUCACCAUGGAAAGACAUCUUUUGUGGAUUGCCUAAUUGAACAAACUCAUCCUGAUCUAAGAGCUCGUGAAGGAUCAAAUUUGCGUUAUACUGACACUUUGUAUACGGAACAAGAGAGAGGUGUUAGUAUAAAAGCCACUCCUGUAACAUUUGUUCUACCAGAUCUGAAAGGAAAAUCUUACCUUAUGAAUGUUUUUGACACACCUGGUCAUGUAAAUUUUUCUGAUGAAGUGACUGCUGCAAUGAGGCUUAGUGAUGGUGUUAUAAUUUUCGUAGAUGCAGCAGAAGGUGUGAUGCUGAACACUGAGAGAUUACUUAAGCAUGCAGUUCAAGAAAAACUUGCAAUUUGCAUAUGCAUCAAUAAAAUAGAUAGGCUCAUGCUGGAAUUAAAAUUGCCUCCCCAAGAUGCUUACUAUAAAUUGAGGCAUAUAGUUGAAGAAAUUAAUGGAUUAUUAAGCACUUAUGCUGAUGAUAAUGAGCCCAUACAAGUUUCUCCCCUUCUUGGAAAUGUUUGUUUUGCAAGUUCUCAAUAUAGUUUGUGUUUUACUCUGAGAUCUUUUGCUCACAUGUAUGCACAAACCUAUGGUGGAAUUAGUGUUCCAGACUUUUCAAAACGUUUAUGGGGUGAUAUAUAUUUUAAUAGCAAAACGCGUAAAUUUACUAGGAAAGCACCUCACAGUACAGUACAAAGGAGCUUUGUAGAGUUCAUUUUAGAACCUCUGUAUAAAUUAUUUGCUCAGGUUGUUGGAGAUGUUGAUUCAUCUUUACCACAAUUGUUAGAUGAACUUUCAAUUAAACUAACUAAGUCUGAAAUGAAGCUAAAUGUUCGCCCACUGUUAAGACUUAUCAAUUCAAAGUUUGUCGGCGAUUUCAAUGGCUUUGUUGAUAUGUGUGUCCAUCAUGUCCCAGCUCCAUCAGCAAGUGCUAAGAGAAAGAUAGAGCAUAUUUACACUGGACCUUCUGGCACCGAAUUAGCUGAUGUUAUGGCUGAUUGUGACCCUGAGGGUCCUCUAAUGGUACAUACUACAAAACAGUACUCUACGCAAGAUGCCACUAGUUUCCAUGUGUUUGGAAGGGUGUUUAGUGGAACUCUGCAAGCAAAUCAGGAUGUUCGCAUACUGGGAGAAACUUAUACUUCAACAGAUGAAGAAGACUCAAGAAUUUUGACCGUUGGCCGACUUUGGAUAUCUGAGGCUAGAUACAAAAUUGAAGUUAAUAGAGUUCCUGCUGGAAAUUGGGUUCUAAUUGAAGGCAUUGAUCAACCUAUUGUGAAAACUGCCACUAUUGUCGAUGUUAGUGAAGCAGCUGAACUUUUUAUUUUUCGACCUCUGAAAUUCAAUACUAAUUCUGUGAUAAAAAUUGCUGUUGAGCCUGUCAAUCCAUCUGAGCUGCCAAAAAUGUUAGGUGGCUUAAGAAAAGUUAAUAAAUCAUAUCCUCUUCUGAGCACAAAGAUUGAGGAGUCAGGAGAACAUAUUAUUCUUGGUACUGGUGAACUUUAUUUAGAUUGUGUUAUGCACGAUUUAAGGAAGAUGUAUUCAGAAAUAGACAUUAAAGUCGCUGAUCCAGUUGUAUCAUUUUGUGAAACUGUCGUUGAAACAUCAUCAUUAAAAUGUUUUGCUGAAACUCCAAACAAAAAAAAUAAAUUGACAAUGAUUGCUGAACCAUUGGAAAAAGGCUUAGCUGAAGAUAUCGAAAAUGAAGUUGUACAAAUUAACUGGAAUCGUAAAAGAUUAGGAGAAUUUUUCCAGACUAAGUAUGAUUGGGAUUUGCUAGCAGCUCGUUCCAUUUGGGCUUUUGGACCCGAUACAACAGGACCCAAUAUUUUAGUAGAUGAUACAUUGCCUUCUGAGGUAGAUAAAGGUUUAUUGAGCAUGGUUAAAGAUUCAAUUGUACAAGGGUUUCAGUGGGCUACUAGAGAAGGUCCUCUCUGUGAAGAGCCCAUUCGAAAUGUGAAGUUUAAAAUUUUGGAUGCAGUAAUUGCUGGAGAACCUAUUCAUCGUGGUGGAGGCCAAAUAAUUCCAACUGCCAGAAGAGUAGCUUAUUCUGCUUUUCUUAUGGCAACUCCUCGACUAAUGGAACCGUAUUACUUUGUUGAAGUACAAGCUCCAGCUGAUUGUGUAUCAGCUGUGUACACAGUGUUGGCCCGUCGCAGGGGACAUGUAACUCAAGAUGCACCAGUUCCUGGAUCUCCAUUAUAUACUAUUAAAGCAUUUAUUCCGGCUAUUGACUCCUUUGGUUUUGAGACUGAUUUGAGAACUCAUACUCAAGGUCAAGCUUUCUGUUUAUCAGUGUUUCAUCACUGGCAGAUUGUUCCUGGUGAUCCCCUAGAUAAAAGUAUAGUUAUUAGACCUUUAGAACCACAGCCUGCUCCACAUUUAGCCAGAGAGUUCAUGAUUAAAACUAGGAGGAGGAAGGGUCUCAGUGAAGAUGUCAGCAUCAACAAAUUCUUCGACGAUCCUAUGUUGUUGGAACUUGCUCGUCAAGACGUUAUGUUAAAUUAUCCUUUGUAAUUAUUCAUUCACAUAAAGGAUCUUGUAAAUAAUCUCACUUUGAUUCAUAAUAAAGUUUUUAUUAAAUAAA